UGCUCGGGAAGAUGCCCCGGCCGGAGUUACCCCUGCCGGAGGGCUGGGAGGAGGCGCGCGACUUCGACGGCAAGGUCUACUACAUAGACCACAGGAACCGCACCACCAGCUGGAUCGACCCACGGGACAGGUACACCAAACCACUUACCUUUGCUGACUGCAUUAGCAAUGAGUUGCCGCUAGGAUGGGAAGAAGCAUAUGACCCACAGGUUGGCGAUUACUUCAUAGACCACAAUACCAAAACCACUCAGAUCGAGGAUCCGAGGGUGCAAUGGCGGCGGGAGCAAGAGCACAUGCUGAAGGAUUACCUGGUGGUGGCCCAGGAGGCUCUCAGUGCACAAAAGGAGAUCUACCAGGUGAAGCAGCAGCGCCUGGAGCUGGCACAGCAGGAGUAUCAGCAGUUACAUGCCGUCUGGGAGCAUAAGCUGGGCUCCCAGGUCAGCUUGGUCUCUGGGUCGUCAUCCAGCUCCAAGUAUGACCCUGAGAUCCUGAAAGCCGAAAUCGCCACUGCAAAAUCCCGGGUCAACAAGUUGAAGAGAGAGAUGGUCCACCUGCAGCAUGAACUACAGUUCAAAGAGCGUGGCUUUCAGACCCUGAAGAAGAUUGACAAGAAAAUGUCCGAUGCUCAGGGUGGCUACAAACUGGAUGAGGCCCAGGCUGUGUUGAGGGAAACCAAAGCAAUCAAGAGAGCCAUCACCUGCGGAGAAAAAGAGAAGCAAGACCUGAUCAAGAGCCUUGCCAUGCUGAAGGAUGGCUUCCGCACAGACAGAGGGUCUCACUCUGACCUGUGGUCCAGCAGCAGCUCCCUGGAGAGUUCCAGCUUCCCGAUGCCAAAGCAGUUCCUGGACGUGAGCUCACAGACGGACAUCUCUGGGAGUUUCGGCACCAGCAGCAACAACCAGUUGGCGGAGAAGGUCAGAUUGCGCCUGCGGUACGAAGAGGCCAAGAGAAGGAUCGCCAACCUCAAAAUCCAGCUGGCCAAACUUGACAGUGAGGCCUGGCCUGGGGUGCUAGACUCAGAGAGGGACCGACUGAUCCUCAUCAACGAGAAGGAGGAGCUGCUGAAGGAGAUGCGCUUCGUCAGCCCCCGGAAGUGGACCCAGGGAGAGGUGGAACAGCUAGAGAUGGCCCGGAGGCGACUGGAGAAGGACCUGCAGGCAGCCCGGGACACCCAGAGCAAGGCACUGACCGAGAGGUUGAAGUUAAACAGCAAGAGGAACCAGCUGGUGAGAGAACUGGAGGAAGCCACUCGGCAGGUCGCCUCUCUGCACUCGCAGCUGAAAAGCCUCUCAAGUAGCAUGCAGUCCCUGUCUUCAGGCAGCAGCCCUGGGUCACUCACAUCCAGCCGGGGCUCCCUGGCUGCCUCCAGCCUGGACUCCUCCACCUCAGCCAGCUUCACUGACCUCUAUUAUGACCCGUUCGAGCAGCUCGACCCGGAGCUCCAGAGCAAGGUGGAACUGCUGUUCCUGGAGGGCAGCACAGGCUUCCGGCCGUCGGGCUGCAUCACCACCAUCCACGAGGAUGAGGUGGCCAAGACACAGAAGGCAGAGGGAGGCAGCCGCCUGCAGGCCUUACGCUCCCUGUCUGGCACUCCAAAAUCCAUGACUUCCCUGUCACCACGCUCCUCUCUCUCCUCCCCGUCCCCUCCCUGCUCCCCUCUCAUCGCUGAUCCCCUCCUGGCUGGAGAUGCCUUUCUGACCCCGCUGGAGUUUGAAGACACAGAGCUGAGUACGGCUCUCUGUGAGCUGAGCCUCGGCAACAGCACCCGGGAAAGAUACCAGCUAGAGGAACCAGGACCUGAGGGCAAGCCACUGGGCCAAGCUGCAGGUGUGGCCCCGGGGUGUGGCCUGAAAGUGGCCUGUGUAUCGGCCGCAGUGUCUGAUGAGUCCGUGGCUGGGGACAGUGGUGUGUACGAGCCUUCUGCGCAGAGACUGGGCAUUUCUGAAGCUGCUACAUUCGACAGUGAAGAAUCAGAAGCCAUGGGAGCCACUCGGGUUCAAAUUGCCCUGAAGUAUGAUGAGAAGAACAGGCAAUUUGCAAUAUUAGUAAUCCAGCUGAGUAACCUCUCCGCUCUGUUACUGCAACAAGAGCAGAAAGUGAACAUCCGUGUAGCCAUCCUGCCUUGCUCUGAAAGCAGCACUUGCCUGUUCCGAACCCGGCCUCUGGACUCUGCAGAUACCCUCGUGUUCAACGAGGCAUUCUGGGUGUCCAUGUCCUACCCAGCCCUUCACCAGAAGACCUUACGCGUAGAUGUCUGUACCACAGACAGGAGCCAUAUGGAGGAGUGCCUGGGAGGCGCCCAGAUCAGCCUGGCUGAGGUCUGCCGGUCUGGGGAGAGGUCAACACGCUGGUACAACCUCCUGAGCUACAAAUACUUGAAGAAACAGUGCAGGGAACCCCAACCAGCGGGAGCUACAGGGCCUGACCACAUGGAUACUGUGUCUGCCUUGCUGGAACAGACAGCUGUGGAGCUGGAGAAGAGGCAGGAGGGGAGAAGCGGCUCCCAGACCCUGGAGGGCAGCUGGACGUACGAGGAAGAGACCAGCGAGAAUGAAGCAGUAGCUGAGGAGGAGGAAGAGAGAGAGGAGGAGGAGGGAGAGGAAGAGGUCUUCGCUGAAAAGGUCUCCCCAGAGGUAGAGGAGUACCCAGCACUAAAGGUGGACAGAGAGACCAAUACCGAGAGCGUGGCCCCAUCCCCCACAGUGGUGAGGCCCAAGGACCGGCGGGUGGGUGCCCCUUCCGCAGGGCCAUUUCUUCGAGGGAACACCAUCAUCCGCUCCAAGACCUUCUCACCUGGACCCCAGAGCCAGUAUGUGUGCCGGCUCAAUCGAAGCGACAGUGAUAGUUCCACUCUAUCCAAGAAGCCACCUUUUGUUCGGAACUCCCUGGAGCGUCGAAGCGUCCGGAUGAAGCGGCCUUCAUCUGUCAAGUCCGUGCGCACAGAGCGCCUGAUCCGCACCUCGCUGGACCUGGAACUAGACCUACAGGCAACGAGGACCUGGCAUAGCCAGCUGACUCAGGAGAUCUCAGUGCUGAAGGAGCUAAAGGAGCAUUUGGAGCAAGCCAAGAACCAUGGGGAGAAGGAGCUGCCACAGUGGUUGCGUGGAGACGAGCGCUUCCGCCUGCUGCUGAGGAUGCUGGAGAAGAGGGUGGAUCGUGCAGAGCACAAGAACGAGUUGCAAACAGACAAGAUGAUGAGGGCGGCCGCCAAGGAUGUGCACAGGCUUCGCGGCCAGAGCUGCAAGGAGCCACCGGAAGUGCAGUCUUUCAGAGAGAAGAUGGCAUUUUUCACCCGGCCCCGGAUGAACAUCCCAGCUCUCUCCGUAGACGACGUCUAACCACCAGAAAAGUAUUUCUUUGUUGCACGGACCAUGCUGUGAAGGUUGACUGUGGCUAAAGUUAUUUAUGAGGCAGUAUAUGAAGGUACCCAGUCACAAGUCCCCGAGCGCUCUUGUUGGUUUGAAGACUGACAGACCUUUUAGUUCAGGUUUUCUUGUUAUAUUUAAACAAUGACAAAGCAACCAUAACAACAACAACAACAACAAA